GGCAUUCCACAGCCAUUUCAGACGCCCCCCUUCCAACCACUUUGCGGCAGUGUCUCCAAUUAGAGUUGGUUUUGCAAGGGUACAAUAAGCAGCAUUGAAGCCGGUAGGAUUGUGCGGCCCUUAAAUAAUAUUACGCUGUAGUAUGACGUAAAUUGCUAGCACAAGACUUGAUAUGUCCGGAGAACUAAUGGAAGGAACAGAUCCUGCAACAUGUCGACGUCCUUCCCCUUGUACAUGUCUCUUGGAUGAAGUUUGGGCACGACUAAAGAUAGAUGCAUGUUCUUUCAAAUUCUCAUACUCGUCUACUUGGAAGAUAUUUAGUGAAGGGAUUACCAACAACUGUGAAGAUAGUGAUCACCACCAAAAUACUAUAUAACGACCGCAAGCACCAUUGUUCUGAAUCAAGAAAACUGCAGAAUUCCCCUUCUUAAGGUAUCAAUCACAUUCCUGUACACCAAAUAUUUCCAUCAUGAGAUUCUUGUGUCUCCAUGGCACAGGCACAAACAGCCAGGUAUUACCAAGUUCUGUUUCUAUCACUCAACGUUCCAAUGGCCCCACUGUUCGAACCGUUAUAAUCCAUUGGAUCUCCUUCGCUGACCCCUCAUUUUGCAGAUAUUCGAGAUGCAAUCAGGUAAGACAAGCCUAAUUAUGUGCGCGGUUCCUCGACAUUGUUCUGAAAUUAGAUAGCUGCUCUUAGGUCUGAACUUGGCGAUCGCCACUCGUUUCAAUUUCUGGAAGGUGUUAUUUCCGUGCCUCCUGCGCCUGGUAUGUCUAAAUCGUAAUGUUUACUCCAAGGCCUGUUGAAGCGCUAAUGCAAGUUAGAAAUUGCAACCUAUUUAACAGGCAACGAUGUGUGUUUCACUUAUUUUGACUAUGGCUCCGAAGAUAGCAUUAGCAAAGCAUUGGAAGACCUUGCACGCUACGUCGUAGAGGAGGGCCCAUUUGAUGGUAUCAUGGCCUUUUCACACGGUGCAUCUCUCGCAUCCAUGUUCAUUAUCCAAUCUCUGCAGAAAAACCGCGAAGCCUUACGCCGCAGCCCCCAAUCCCCGGAGAAAACCCCAUUCACUGCAUUCCAGUGCGCCAUCUUCUUAUGUGGUGUCAGACCUACAAACGUAUGCCUGGCCGCUAAUGCAGACGGUCAUAUCAGAUUUCUUGAUGGACACUUGGACGGAGUUGUCAUUGAUAUGCCAACGGCGCACAUUUUUGCCUCGAACGAUGGCGCUAUGCCCGGGGAAAGUGAGAAGCUGAGUGAACUAUGUGCGCCUGAUAACAGGGUUAUUUUCAUUCAUGACCAGGGUCAUGAAGUCCCAAAAAGUAAGGAGGCGGUGCUGGGCGCGGUUCAUGCUAUACGGAGAGUGAUUGAUAGUGCAUCGGCUACGUAGGAUCUUAGAUUCAAUAGAGUCUUGAUCUACCUUUUCAUGUAUCUAGUAACGCGUUGGGUGGGAUAGUCAUAUGGCCACCUCGGUCCCCAGGGAACUUACAUCGAAUCAUGUGUAUCAAUUGCAAUGCAAUAUGUUCCUCCCAUUGAAGAAUUGAGAAUUAG